CGACCGCUGAAGGCAACAGUUGUGGUUGUUGUGCGUUUUGUGUGUCUCUUGUCUCUCGUGUUGUUCGUGUCAGCUGAUGGCACAUGUUGCCGCUGCCGUUUGGCCGAGUUUGAGCAUUUUGUCAUCGCCUUUUUGAAAAGGCAACAAAACAAAUUGAACAAAAUUUACAUAUAUUUAAAUAUAUAAAUAUUCGUGCUUAUUUUUGGCAAGUGUUCUGCUCAUUAAAAUUGCGCGAGUCAAUGAAAAAACACAAAAACACGAAAAGAUGAACUCCAAAUAUGAGAACAUGAAAAUCAUCUACAAUCGCAGCAAAAUUGGCUGGUAUUGGGCCCCGCUCUUUGUGGCGUUCUGGUUUCUGCUAUUCUAUUUGGUGGUGGUGCCCAGUUUCCAUCGAAUGCCACCGCUGAAGACGCUGCAGGAUGAGCUGCAGCAGCCGGGCCAGUUUAUUGGAGAGCGUGCGGAGGGCACUCUACUAAGGCUGUCAAAGAUCGGUCCGAAAGUUGUGGGCAGUGCGGCGAAUGAGCAAGUCGCUGUGCAGUUCCUGCUCAGCGAGAUCAGUGAGAUCAUUGACGGUGCUCGCACCGAUCUGUACGACAUUGAGAAGGAUGUACAGAUAGCCUCCGGCAAUUACCUGCUCUGGUCCAUGGUGAACGUCUAUCAGAGCAUCCAAAAUGUGGUUGUAAAGCUCUCACCCAAAAAUGCAACCAGCGAGGCGGCUUUGCUAAUCAACAGUCACUUUGAUUCGGUGCCCGGCAGCUCUGGUGCCGGUGACUCUGGCAUGAUGUGCGUCAUCAUGCUGGAGGUGCUGCGUGUGAUAACGAAAUAUGAGACUCCACUCACCUAUACGCUCAUCUUUCUCUUCAACGGCGCUGAGGAGAAUCCUCUCCAGGGCUCGCACGCGUUCAUCACGCAGCAUCCCUGGGCUCAUAAUGUGCGCGCUGUGGUCAACCUAGAUUCAGCUGGUAGUGGCGGUCGGGAGAUACUGUUUCAGUCUGGACCCGAUCAUCCUUGGCUAAUGAAGUACUAUGGCAAUCACAUCACGCAUCCUUUUGCUUCAACAAUUGGCGAGGAACUGUUUCAAAACGGUUUCAUACCCUCAGAGACUGAUUAUCGCAUAUUCCGCGACUAUGGCAAAAUACCUGGUCUCGAUAUGGCUCAUACAUCAAAUGGCUUUGUAUAUCAUACGAAAUACGAUCGCUUCAAUCUGAUACCUCGGCGUACUUAUCAGCUGACCGGAGAAAAUCUGCUGGGUCUGAUCAAAGCCCUGGCUAAUGCGCCCGAGUUGGAAGAUCCAGCGAAAUAUGCCGAGGGACACAUGAUAUUCUUUGAUGUGUUGGGCUGGUUUUUCGUCUGUUAUCCGGACUAUGUUGGCGUUAUUAUCAAUAUUUGUAUCUGCGUACUGGUGCUCAUUACGAUUGUCGCCUAUAUCUGGAGUAUGGCCAGCAAUACGGGCAUGUUCAGACGCCGCAUAUUUGCUAAGUUUGGAAUUUUGGCAGCACUUCAGCUCUGCGGUGUCUGCUUGAGCAUGGGCCUCGCUAUUUGUAUAGCUCUUUUCCUGGAUGCCGUGGGCUUAUCCAUGGCCUGGUUUUCACAGACUUGGAUGAUCUUUGGCUUGUACUUCUGCCCCAUGUUCUUUGGCUUGGGCAUACUGCCUGCCAUCUACUUCAGUCGCACCAAGGAGCAUGGUCUACCACUUGCGUAUGGCAUUCAGCUUCUGAUGCACUCGCAUUGCUUAAUAUUGACUGUAAUUACUAUUAUAAUGAUAUCCUUUAACAUACGUUCGGCCUUCAGUCUGCUCAUCUGCAUUGGCUUCUACACGCUCUCAGUUCUGCUCAACAUGGCCACAUGUGCACAUAAAACAAAUUUCAUGUGGCUCAUACCUCACUGUCUGUGCCAAAUCCUGCCCUUCAUGUUCUAUACAUAUUGCUGUUAUGCAUUUUAUGUUGUAUUCGUUCCGAUGCAAGGACGCGAAAGCGGCUCGAAUCCGGAAAUACUUAUUGGUGGCUUUACGGCCCUGUUUUGUUUGCUGCUAUCUCCAUUCCUGAUACCCUUAUUUUGCCUGUUCCGCAAAUCCAAGACCAUCAUCUCCCUUUUUGGCAUCUGUACGAUACUCUUUAUUAUCCUGGCUGCCACGCCCGUGGCGUUCCCGUAUGUGGAUAAGACAGCAGUUCAGCGAUUCUUUGCUGUGCACACGACACGCACCUUCCACAACGCAGAUGCUGCUAGCUCAGUCAACCACACCGAUGCCGGUUAUUAUGUGAUGCCCAUGGAUCGGCAUCCCAAUUCGCUGGAUGAUAUACUCUUUGAUGGAAGCAACUUUACAAAAGCUGAUCGUAGCGCGUGUGAAACAGAAAUUAUGUGCGGUUUUCCCAUUUACAGCUCGCGUUGGCUGAAGGCAAUAGAUAAUAGCUAUUGGGUGCCUGGUCCUGAGCCAAACAAGGACUAUUUGCCAACGUUGAGAAUAAUAAACAAAGAGAGCACUUCGUCGACUAACGUAAUGUUUACAUUAGAGGUUUCUGGGCCGGAUCAUGCAAGCAUAUUUAUCGAUCCAAUAAAUAAUGCCAAACUGGUCGAUUGGACCUUCACCAAGGAGCCGUUGGAAAAGUCUUUGUCGCCGCCUCACUACGUUUAUUGGUCCUAUGCCUUAGAUCCUACACCCUUGCGAUUUAAUUUGGAAUUUGAGCGUGAAAGCACCAAUUGGUCCGGAGCAACAUUCAAAAUUGCCAUAAUGGGCCAUAGAAUACACGAUGAUAUGUUUAUAGAGGAAGACUUUCGAGAGUUUUUGGCCAGGUUUCCUGCUUGGGCGCAUGUCAACUCGUGGAUUGGUUCCUACAAUAGUUGGCAACUCUAAGAGCUGCUAAAAUGUCUUAUUUAACAUUUGAUAUUCAAAACUCACUACUCAUAGUUCGGAUAUCAGAACUGUUGUUAAGUUUUUGUAUUCACCCAUACUCUAAACACAAGUUCACACAUUAUACUCGCACAAGCGGACAUCCAACGAACAAAAGUUGUAUUUAAAUUAAAAAUAUAGAAUUUAAUUGAAAUUAA